AUGUCAAUGGAAAUAAAUACUUCAGAACAGAAAUCAUUCAAAUGGAACAAAUUUCUGAUACUGUUUGGUAUAAUAACUAGUUUGUUUAUUAUUGCAACAAUUGUAUUGGCUAUUUUAUUUGGUAUCGAACGAAAUCAAAUUAGAAUGUAUCAAUCAUCAUCAUCAUCAUCUGAAAAUGAAACAAAAAAUCUUUGUUUGAGUUCAUAUUGUCUCAAAGCAGCGAAUUAUUUACUUGAAAGUAUUGAUGAAACGAUUGAUCCAUGUGAAAAUUUUUAUCAAUUUACUUGUGGUACAUGGAUUAAAAAUACACGAAUACCAUAUGAUCAACAAAGUCAGAAUGCAUUUACACAAUUACAAACUCAAGUUAUCUAUGAUAUUAUUGAUCUUCUUUCAACAUCUACAAAUGAAUCCAUUCAACUCAAUUCUGUUAUCAAUGCACAACAUUUAUAUAAUUCAUGUAUUCAUGAGGAAACUAUUGAAAAAGAUGACAUUGAUGGAAUACUUUCACUUAUUCAGACACAAUUCAAUGGGUGGCCAAUCAUAGAACAAUCGAACUGGAAUGAAUCAAUAUAUAAUUUGCUUGAUUUAUCAGUUAAAUUAAGUCAAUAUAAUAAUUUUCCAUUAUUUUAUACACUCACUUAUAAUGAUGAUGAAAAUUCAUCUGUUCAGUGUAUUUAUAUAGGUCAAGGUACUUUAAGUCUCGGUGAUCGUAAUUAUUAUUUGAAUGAAAGUACAAUCACACAAGCUUAUCAAAAGUUGAUGAAAGAUGUUAUUUUAGCAUUAACAAACCAUACAUUAGUGAAUGAUAGUGACAUCAAUGAAAUAUUUCAAUUUGAAAAAUCUCUUGCUCAAAAUUUUUACACUACAGUUCAACAACGUGAAACUCCGGUCUAUCGGUUAACUUUUGGGAGUCUAUUUAAUUUCAUGAAUACAUCAUUUAAUUAUACUGAAUAUCUUCAGCGUAUUUAUCUAUUUGGAAAUGUCACUCUUGUUCGUGAAGAUAUCAUUAAUGUUAAUGAUAUAGAAGUGUUACGUAAUAUUUCGAUACUUUUUGAUCAAAAUCGUCCACGUACUAUUCAGAAUUAUCUAAUAUGGCGAUUUGUACUCAAUCAACUCGAUCAUAUGCCAAAACGAUUUCGAAUGAUGAAACAAGAAUUCAUUAAAAUCUUUUCCGGUACUGCAGUUGAAACAUCUCGUCCAGUGAAGUGUGCUACAUAUAUUACUGAUAAUAUGGGAAUGGUAGUUUCUAGACUAUAUAUAAAGAAGAAAUUUGAUGAUUAUGCUCGUCAAGAGUCAAUAGAAACGGUUAAAAAUAUUCAUAAUGUUCUCUCUGAAAUGAUUAAUGGAUCGAAAUGGAUGAAUUUACUUUCAAAAACUGUUGCUAUUGAAAAAGCUCAAUGGAUUCACGAAAGAAUUGGUUAUGCUGAUGAAUUGAAUGGUGAUAAUAUGACAGAUUUCGAACAACAAUAUGAAGAAUAUAAAUUUAAUUCAUCGUAUAUUCAAAAUAUUUUAAGAAUGUUACAAUUAAAUGCAAAAAAGAAUCUUCUUAAACUUCAUAAAUCGGUUGACCGAAAAAAUUGGGAUGAUACAUUUCCUACUACUGUUAAUGCUUAUUAUCGUCCAUCAUUUAAUGACAUAACUCUCACCGCUGCUAUUCUUCAAACACCAUUUUUUCGUAAAGAUGCACCAAAAUAUUUGAAUUAUGGUGCUAUUGGUACAAUCAUAGGUCAUGAAUUGACACAUGCUUUUGAUAAUGAUGGUCGUCAAUAUGAUAAAUAUGGUAAUCGAAUUCCAUGGUGGUCAUAUGAAACUAUUAAUUCAUUUAAUGAACAUAAACAAUGUAUGAUAGAACAAUAUAAUAAUUAUACAAUAUCUCAAAUAAAUAUGCAUAUCAAUGGUAAACAGACAUUAAGUGAAAAUAUUGCUGAUAAUGGUGGUUUGAAAGAAGCGUUUUAUGCUUAUCAAAAAUGGUCUAAGAUGAAUCCAAAUGUUGAUCAAAAGCUACCUAGUUUGACAAAAUAUUCUGAAGAACAGAUGUUUUUUAUGAGUUAUGGUUCGAUAUGGUGCUCAAAAUCGACAGAUCAAGCGGCCAUGAAAAUUGUUUUAACUGAUGCACAUUCACCUACUGAAUUUAGAAUACUUGGUUCAACAUCAAAUUUUGAUGAAUUUGAUCGAGUAUUUGGAUAUAUGAAACUAAUCAAAAAAUCUUUAUUUAAAAUUAUAUUUAUUCUAUUAUUUAUUGGUUUGAUCUAUAACAAUCUUUCAUGUAAUGUUAUUAAAAUCUCCACAUCUAAUCUGACAUCAUUAAUGAUUCCAUUUGAAUAUAUUAAUAAUAUUUCCAAUGAUUUUUGUUCGGAAUUUUUACUUAAACAACGAUAUCAAUUAGAAUUUCAUCAACUUGAACAUUAUUCUUCUGAAAAAAUGUACUCUAAACCAUUAAGGAACAAAGAUUCAAUUGAAUCAUUUCCUAAAUUACCUUAUUUUUAUUCCUUAUGGAAAAAUUCUUCGAUUCUCCCGCGUUUAAUAAGUCCAUGUGAACAUCAAUUAUAUGUGAAAUUAAUUCAAAUAUUUGAUCAUAUAUGCCGAACUUAUUCAAUAGAAUAUUUUAUUAGUUAUGGAACAUUAUUAGGAUCAUAUAGAAAUCAUGAUAUAUUACCAUAUGAUGAUGAUGUUGAUAUUUUGAUACAUAAGAAAUAUUAUUCAAAUUUAUCUCGAAUAAAUCAAUUAGAUAAUUCAACUGAUUGGCGAUUUUAUAUAAAUUCUGAAACAAAUAUGAAAUUUUAUUUCAUUUCAUCUAAAUCAGCUGGAAAAUAUCCAUGGAAAUGGCCUUUUAUUGGAAUUGAUUUUUAUACAGAUAACCAAACACAUAUUAACCCAGGUGUUUUUAUAAACAAAGAAUAUAUAUAUCCAUUGGCAUAUUAUCCAAUAAGUACACUUUGGUUACCUGGACCAAAAAAUAUUGAAAUGUUUUUUAAAUCAGUGUCAAAAUCUUAUUAUUUUAACUUCUCAAUUGAUAAAAUAUGCUAUUCACAAAGUUAUUCACAUAGAGAUGAAAUGAGGAAAUAUAAACAAAAAACAGUUAAUUGUACACAAUUAGUAAAUACUUAUCCAUUUAUUCAACACAUAUGUGACGAUUAUUAUUGUUAUCAGCAUUUUAUGUUAAAUAAUCGAACAAGAUUAUAUGUUUUAAAAAUCAAUAAAGAUUAG